AACCUUUUACGAGAAAUGGACAGAAAAAGUUACGAUGACCAUAAGCCAUACAGCAGAUACACCCAAAGCCAUCCAUCAACUGACCGAAGCCAUGACCCACGCUCUAAUAUAGCCGCUGGAAGAGCACAAGGAGGGGGUAGUUUUAGGUAUUAUCAAGAAUCAAGUGAACGUCAGACUCAAGUACAAGGACAACUUCAACGCCCUGUAGAAGCAAGCAAACAAAUGCUGUAUGGUACAUUUGGCAAUCUGAUCGCCAUUUUGGAAGAGUUUGAGCAAAGAGAGCUAAAGGAAAAGGGAAUGCAGUCUUCACUACGGAGAUCAAACAUACCAAUUCCGUAUCAGGGGAAAAAACGUUAUGAUGAUGUAAAGAGUAACGUUGAAACACAGCUGCUUCUUUUUGAAACUCAAUCGAAGGCUUGUCCACCAGAAGUUAGGGCAGCACUUCUUGAAGAACUGAAACGGAAAACAUUAAGCUGGGCAGCGGUUCGUGAAGAAAUGCGUUUGCCUGACAAUCAAGACACUGACCGCUAUAUAUCGAAGUUGUAUGAAAUUCUGGCUAAAGGCAAAACGGAUCACAAGGUGCCUUCACGACAAGGAUUGACAGAGCAUGUAAUGAGAGAUAGCUUCCAAGCAAUAAUAUAUGGUGAUCAUGAUCGGAAAAUGCUAGACCAGGCAUUUAGAGGAGAUCCGAAUAAACAAGCAACAGCACCUCAUACUAGGCAUAGUGAAAUGUUUGAUGAAGCUGCAAGAAGAAUAUCUCGUGCACGUGGAAGCUCUGAUCUCGACGCUAAUCUUCAGGAGGAUGUCCGCAGAAUGAGAGAAUAUGGACCAAGCGAUUUGAAAUAAACCUUCUAUUUUAGCGAAUGGCAUCAUUUAAAGACUAUUUUAAAAGCUUUUUGUGUUACUAUAUUUAAAGUCACCAAGGAAUUGUUCCUGUCGUAUUAUCAGUUUGUUUUUGCUAUUCAUAUUCAUAUUUAUUAUUUAUUAUCUUAGCGAUAUGAAAAGUACAUUUUAAAUACUGACGUUUAAAAACAAGAAAAAGAUACAAUAGGAAUUGCCACGUUAUUGACACAACCAUCUUAAAACCUUAAUGUGGUGCUUAAGGGUUUCAUUCCUAUACUUUUACAGGAAUAUUUUUGUACCUUUUAUUGCCUUGACGUGUGUAAGAGAACAUCAUCAGGGGGCGAUAUCUUUUAUUUACACUGUCCUGCAACGUUGGAACAUGGUCUUUGCUGUUUAUUUCUUUAACUUCGUCUAGGUUUGUAUAGAUGUCUAUCUAGUGAAUAGAGAUAUGUUAUAUCCAGAAAGAUAUAACAGAAACAUCGAUAUACUACCCAUUUUCAAUGGUAUAGUCUUUCGAUGGAAGUGACAUACUAUGUAUAAUGUUUACAUAUAUUGUUUUCAACAUGUUGUUUUGGAUCAAGAAGUUUUUGAAAAAAUGUUGUAAGAGAAGUUAUUAUUAAGGGAGUUUAAAAGAGCUGUAUAGCUUUUGAGUUUAGAGAUAUCAUAUUUUACUUGUUCCUAAGAAAAAAAAGUACUUAUUUGAAAUAAAGCAAGUCUUUUUUAGAUUUCCUUUUCGUGCUGCAUAUUUAUUUAGCAUGUUUUUAUUUACUUAAUCUAUGUCAUAUGUUUGCCGUGUUUUGUAAUUGCAAAACAUCACAUGAAAUUUGUCAAUCGAUUUUGUAAAUGUAAAUUUCCUAUUAGAUUUUCUAUCCAAUUAUAAGACAACUUUAGCACAGCAAAAUUGACUCCUCUUUCAAGAAUGUUCGAAGUGAUCGAACAUGUACAACAGAUAAAGCAAUACGGGACAAUCAGUCCUCUUUCCUAAUUUA